GCACGUCGAGGUAUUACCCAAUCGAGACAAUAAAACUAAUACCACUACAUAUUUUCUCAUUUCAGGCCUCACGUCCAUUUUGCAUUUUGGUUGAAUCAUAAAAAAGUCAGCAAAUGUCAAUUUACAGGCCUGUGUCAAACUUGGCGGAAAUCAAUCAAGAUCAUCUUUGGCACGUGCAGUCGUGAAAAAGAAAAAAAAUGAGCAACACAACAAAAGACAAACCAAAAGACAAUGGCCAAGAGGAAGAAGAAGACGACUACAUGAAUAUGGUCUUCACGGACCCGGCUCCCUCCGCACCCGAGACCUCUCUGCAGCGCCGCCAGCGCGAGCGGCGCGAGGCGGCCGAGAGGGCGCGCCACAAAUCCAAGGCGGAGUUGGCCGCCGAGGAGGCCGACAAGCGCGAGGCUGCGCUGGCGCGGUCCCUCAUUCACGAGGACAAUGGCAGCAGCGGAAGCGGCAUGGCGGCCAAAAAGAAGAGCAAAGGUCUCGCCAUGAUGGCCAAGAUGGGCUUCCGGGCAGGCCAGGGCCUCGGCGCGCCAGAGGGCCAGCAGGGCAGGACGGAGCCCGUGCGCAUCGUCGUCAGAGAGGAUCGGGGCGGCAUCGGACUCGAUGGUGAGCGGAAGCGGAAGAUGAGGGAGGCUUAUGGCGACGGCGAGGACGGGGAGGGCAGCAAGGCGAGGAAGGUGGUGGUGGACGAGGGCGAGUACAGGGAGCGGGUCGCGCGCGAGAGGGAGGCGAUGCGCCUGGAGAGGGUGCUGGGCGCGGCGCAAAAGGUUGCGGAGAAGAUGGGUGACGAGAAGGAGGAGGAGCAAGAGCAGGACAAGGUUGGAGGCCAAGAGACGAAAAAGCCACGGCCGCUAAAGUCCGUCAACGUGCUCUGGCGCGGCCUGGUGAGGCAGCGCGAGGAGGCGGAGCGCGAGCGAAGGAUGCGCCACGAUCUGCAGCAGAGCCUGUCGCGGCUUCCUACGUACGAGGAUGACGAAGAGGACGAGGAUGACCGGCGGGCGCUGGGCAAGGAUGGGAAAAAGGCGCCGCUGGUUGUGUUUGAGGAUCUGGACGAGGAGGAUCCUGAGCUGGACGAUUUCAACGCCAAGGGUGCUGCGGAACGGUUGCAGAGCGUCGUCGACCACCUCAGGAGUGCGCACCGGUACUGCUUCUGGUGCAAAUACAGAUACACGGAUGAGGAGAUGGAGGGUUGUCCUGGGCGGACGGAGGAGGAUCACGACUAAAGCGAGGGUAGAUGAGACUAACAAAAAAAGUCGGGUAAUAUUUUGGUACGGAGACGAGACUCCUUCUUACAGCGUUUCUAUAUGCCCCAGGCUCAUGUAAUAUAUUACAAAUUAUACAAAACGCACAUGCCCAAAGUUCUUUCGG